CUCGUUACAACUUUAUAUCUCCCUGAACAUCAAGAGCAGUGGAGCUGGAAACUGAGCAACAAACUAUAAAGAGAUCAUUGCUGCUUUUAACAUCAGUUGACAUCUUGCAAGUUUCUGCCUUCACCAAAGGAGUCUUCCUUGGAUUCAGGUAAUCCAAUCCAGUUUUUUAAAAUGACUAGUAAAGAUUUGCCUUUUCAAUAUGACGUCGGAACCAGAAGCAAUUAUGUGUGCAAGGGCCAGGACGUUCAAGUCAAGAACAUCAAUGCUUACAUUUGCCAACCCCCUUACAACACAAACAAAGCUGUGAUUGUGGUUCAUGACAUAUACGGAUGGCAGUUCCCAGAUACCAGAUAUGUUGCUGAUAUAAUUGCAUCUAAUGGAUAUAUAACCAUCUGCCCAGACUUUUUUCUGGGAAAAGAACCUUGGAAACCUACUGAUAAAUGGAAGGAUUUUAGAGACUGGUUAAACCACCGAGAUCCCAUGAAAGUGGACAGGACAGCUGAUAUUUUUGUGACGUAUCUAAAGGAGCAGUUCAAUGCAAGGAAGAUUGGUAUCGUUGGGUUUUCCUGGGGUGGAAUGGCUGUACAUCACUUGAUGCUGACAAAUCCUGAAUUAAAGGCUGGGGUAUCCUUCUACGGAAUCAUCAGGGACUCUAAUCGUAGGUAUGAUUUGCUGAAUCCGACCUUUUUUAUUUUUGGUGGAAAUGAUCACACAAUUUCUCUUGAUCAGGUUGCUUUACUGGAAGAAAAACUGAGGGAAUACUGUAAAGUACCCUAUAAAGUUAAAGUCUAUCCCAAACAAGUUCAUGGUUUUGCUCAGUAUAAGCCUGAGGACAUGAAGCCUGAAGAUGCGCCCUACAUUGAAGAAGCACGAAUGGAUAUGAUUGACUGGCUGAACAGAUACAUUAUGUUUUGAAGCAACUUAAUAGCACUUUAUCCACCGCCUCCCAAAUGCACCAUUCUCUCCCC